CUCCCACCUCUCUCUCUCUCUCUCUGGCACAUACGCACUCCGAGGGAGAGGCAGUGUGUGAGUGGCGGAACCUGCCUUGUGGACUGUAUUGAAGAGGAGAAAAGAGCAGCGCAGUGGCAGACUCUACCAUGCCAGUGCAGGGAGAAAGGCUGAAGCGCUGUCUCUCUCUCUGUUUCUGGAGCCCGAGUCCUCUGCUGUUGCUUGGACUGUUCUCUCUUCACGCACAAGCACACGGCAAUAUACUGGACAGUAUGCUGCUAAGAGCAUCCAGUAAGGAGGCAUUGGAGAGUGGGAAGGAGGCCAGUGGCAGCACAGCUCCUGCUUCUUCCUCCGUGAGACUACUGUGGUGUCACUGUUAUUCCCACUGCCCUGAAGACUCAGCCAAUAACACAUGCAGGACGGAUGGCCACUGUUAUACCAUGGUGGAGGAGGAGGGCGGGGUACCGGUCCAGAGUGCAGGUUGUCUUGGACUGGCCGGAUCAGAGUUUCAGUGUAGGGACACGGGGAACGCACUUCAAAGGAGAUCAUUGGAGUGCUGUGCAGACCAAGAUUACUGUAAUAGAAACUUGUAUCCUACACUACCACCACUUAAACCACCUCUCUAUGUAGAUGGGAAGAUCCACCACAUGGCCUUGUUGGUCUCAGUCACUGUGUGCAGCAUCAUACUGGCUUUCAUUAUAGUCUUCUGCUACUUCAGGUAUAAGCGUCAGGAGUCUCGUCCUCGGUACAGUAUCGGUCUGGAGCAGGACGAGACCUACAUUCCCUCCGGAGAGUCUCUGAGGGACCUGAUCGAGCAGUCACAGAGCUCCGGCUCAGGCUCAGGGCUCCCUCUGUUGGUACAGCGAACUAUAGCCAAGCAGAUCCAGAUGGUGAAGCAGAUAGGCAAGGGGAGGUAUGGAGAGGUGUGGAUGGGCAGAUGGAGGGCAGAGAAAGUGGCCGUUAAAGUUUUCUUCACCACUGAGGAGGCCAGUUGGUUCAGAGAGACUGAGAUUUACCAGACCGUUCUGAUGAGACAUGAGAACAUCCUUGGUUUUAUAGCUGCUGACAUUAAAGGAACUGGCUCCUGGACCCAACUCUACCUAAUCACUGACUACCAUGAAAACGGCUCUUUGUAUGACUACCUCAAAUCAACCACUCUCGACAAUAAAGCCAUGCUGCGACUGGCCUACUCCUCUGUGUCUGGCCUCAGUCACCUCCACACUGAGAUCUUUGGCACCCAGGGCAAACCUGCCAUUGCCCACAGGGAUCUAAAGAGCAAGAACAUACUGGUAAAAAGAAAUGGGACCUGCUGUAUAGCUGACCUGGGACUGGCAGUCAAGUUUAUAAGUGACACCAAUGAGGUCGACAUCCCUCCCAACACCAGAGUGGGCACAAAACGCUACAUGCCUCCGGAGGUUCUAGAUGAGACUCUGAACACAAGUCACUUUCAGUCAUACAUCAUGGCUGACAUGUACAGUUUCGGUCUUAUUCUCUGGGAGAUCGCGCGGCGUUGUGUCUCAGGAGGGAUCCUUGAAGAGUACCAGUUGCCAUACCAUGAGCUAGUAUCUACAGACCCUUCAUAUGAGGACAUGAGAGAGGUGGUCUGCAUCAAGAGACUACGACCAUCAUUUCCUAAUCGGUGGACCAGCGAUGAGUGUUUGAGACAGAUGGGGAAGCUGAUGACAGAAUGCUGGGCCCACAACCCGGCCUCCCGCCUCACAGCCCUACGGGUAAAAAAGACACUUGCCAAGAUGUCAGAAUCGCAGGACAUCAAGCUGUGAGCAGGCCCUUCCAGGUGUGUGUUUACACAGACGCGGAAAGGGCACUUACUGUCACACUGGCUCUGGUCCAGGAUGCAAAAUCUUUGGAAAAGGAGGUGGAACAGGAAGCAUGAUCACCACUUGGAAAUCGCAGGAUCACAAACUACGAGACCAGAUGCACAGAACACGAGAGUCCGGGUCCCCCUUUGAAAAAAUGUAUUACAGGAUUAGGGUGGUUAACUCAAAGUGAAACUCAUUAAAAACAAUCCGUCCCACCCUGUUCUGGCGAUCAGAGGAGUUGAGUCAUUUUCAUUUCAGACUAGUUUAAGGACUCUAAACCAGUUUCCUGUUCACAUGCUCCAAAAGCCCUGGAGAAAAAGAAAUGUAAGUUAAACUUGGUACUGUAGCUGCAGAAAUAUGCCAACAAGCUACUGACUAGUGAGUGGAAUACUAUAUCAAUGCUUUCUGUGAAAGCUAGCCUACCUGUAGAUGAAGGUCCCAUUGAUAAAGCAUUAGGCUUAUUGCCUCAUGACACCUCCUCUCUAAACACUGUCAACUCACUACUGCCUUUGUUACAAUUGGAUUGAACACGUCUGUCACUCUUGAUUUGCCUGCUUUUGGUUGCAAUGACUGACACUGUGGCAGAAAAAAAGUGUAUGUUGAGGCUUUAAAAGUUUUGUUUUGUAAGAUUUUCAGACACUGAAGAAAAGGUACACCUGUUUUUUUUGUUAUAAUGGGAUAUGACAUACAGUGGGGCAAAAAAUUAUUUAGUCAGCCACCAAUUGUGCAAGUUCUCCCAUUUAAAAAGAUGAGA